AUGACAAGCCGCCGUUUUUUCAUCGGUCCGAUUCCAGAGGGUUGGAUCCAUGGUCAUCGGAAAUCUUGGUACAAAUCGAGGCUCCGCUUCAAGAACUAUACCUCACAGACCUUAUCCUUUUCGGUCGACCCAAUUGCAUCUCAUUAUACCCAAAGAACCCUGGGAAGUGAUCAUCCGACGGGCCAAGCGGAGCCAUCGUCGGCUCCUGCCGAGGUGGGGGAGGAGGAAGGGGUUGCUCUUACCUUCACUCACACGAAUAUUGACUCCACGGACGAGGAUGAAAGCGAGGAGCAACUGCAGGAGCCGGAUGAGGAACCAUCAGGAGAACUUCGCACCUUGACUCACCCUGAGCCAGAGUCAGGAGAAAUAACUAACACUGACAAUGACAAUGACAUCACAUCCGAAGAUCAGGAACAAGAUGAAGACCAGGAGCAAGAUGAAGAAGACUCGGAUGAGACACCACGGCCGAACGCCAGGUCGAUUGCUAGCACAUCACAUGGGGUUUACGACAGUGGAGACGCUUCAACGUCAUUCGUUACGGCCAGGGAAGACGCCUCUAGCUUCGCAAACUCAAACGCGUCUACGUCGACUAUCCAUGCAGCUGUCUUGCAACCUAGCCAGCGACCGGUAUCAUCAGAUUCACAAAACUUGAGCGUUGCCGGUCCGAGUCAGCAGAGUCCAAUGGUGUCGACCCCUUCUGCGGUUGCUAGUGAAGCGGACUCAACAACACACCUGCUAAAGGCUAGGCCCAAGCCCCAGAAAAGACUCAAAAGCGACCGCUCUGGACUCUCCCGUUUCACGCUGGAUCGUCAAGAGCCCCAGAACGAAGACGAUGCACUACACGAAGAUACAAGCAAGAAAGAUUACGAUCUCGAAUUUCUAAGACGGGAAGGGGCAAUUGUUGCGAAUCGACCCCGUCGUCGCAAGAUACAGGAUGGCGAAAUCAUCAAGGCCGAGAGAAUGCUAGUUCUCGUAGAAGAAACGCCAAAGGAAAAGCUACCAAGCGAUUACACGGAGAACGACAGCCUUCGAAUGGAAACACGGACUUUGGAUAAAUGGCGCGAGUUCCUAGUGGUUUGCAGAAAGGGCUCCGCUGAGCAUGCGCCAUUUUCACUGCAGAUGUAUCGAACACGCGUCAUCCCUGAUAUGUCAAAGCCGAACAGCAAGACGGCUCCUUACUAUGAGGUGCGGUUGAACCAUAAAAACACCAGCGUCAACCUUUACUCUACCUUGGACAAGACUAUCGUGGUCUGGUAUCCCCGGAAGCGUGGGACUAAGAUAUACAUCAUACGCCCCAAAUCGACAGCACAUGCUGCAGAGUGGUACACCUUCAUUCGGCAGGUUCUUGGCUGGCGACGUCCAACAAAACUUCCCAUCAAUGUCCCCGAUCUAGAGGGUAUCUCUGGUCUUUAA